AUGGUGUCCUCAGCCAAUCCUAAAUCAGCAUGUGAGAAGGGGUGGAGUCCUCACCGCUCCAGUUGCUACAAGAAGAUGGCGACCCCCAACGGUUGGCUGGGGGCCCGGUACGACUGCGUCUGGGAGGGCGGCGACCUGGUCUCCAUCGCCUCUUCGGACGAGGAGGCCUUUGUGAAGAAGCAAAUGGGCGAGAACCCCUUCUGGAUCGGACUCUCCAAUCUGGUGAGACGGAAGCGGCGGUUGUUGGUUCUCGACUGGUACGCGAUUGACAACCGGGAUUGGUCUCUGCAGAACUGCCAAGAGGCUUGGUGUCGGCAUGAUGACAAGGCGCGAAACAAGCUGACUUGGUCGGAUGCCCGUGUGACGGUGACCUACUCCAACUGGGAUUCACGUCACGUCUUGAAUGUUAGCUCCGACAAAGAGUCCUGCGCGUACGUCAACCAAGGCGCGUUGAUCGAGAGUCAGCCAGGAAAGUGGCGACACGGCUCGUGCGGAUCCUCGUUGGCCUUCAUGUGCGAGCGCCCGCUGAACGACUGCCCGAAGGGUCAGUCGUGUUCCUUCAAAGACUUUGGUUACGAUCGAGUGGAGACUUCCUCCUGUGACCCCGGUGACUUCCUGUUCGACGACUCUUGCUAUCAUUUUGAGUGGAGACGUAAGGAUUGGCAGUUUGCUGAGGAGUUUUGCAUGUCACAGAAUGGUCACUUGGCCAGCAUAGACUCAGAGGACGAAUUCAAAUUCUUGGCUGCUCACGUGCAAGAUGAUAGAGGAUAUUGGCCUUUCAUGGGACUCAAGAGGAACAAAGACAAGACAUUUUCCUGGAGCAAGGCGCCUGCAAAGAACUUCACGCUGAAGGGGGGAGAGUCUGCAGGACGUGGUGACUGCGUUGCUCUGUCAGCUUUGGGAGAAUUUCACGAGUGGCCCUGCACUAAAAAGCAACCAUUCGUCUGCGAAAAAGCCAAGGUUCGAGAGGAUCUCUCUAAUCUGCCAUCAUGGGGACCAGACUGGACCGAAAACUGCGGCUCGUGGGUGGAGAACCGCUACGACAACUUCUGUUACCUGAUCAACAGCAAGUCCCGCAAGACCUGGCAGGAGGCGCAAGACGACUGCCUCCGUCUCGGAGGCGACCUGCUCAGCAUCACCAACUACGUGGAGCAGACCUUCAUAGAAGGUCUGUCCGCCGGUUAUCGAAACAUUACUUCUUGGUGGUUGGCCACCAAAACCACAAUCACUCAAGAGGGCUGCAAGUGGGCUGACGGGUCUCCCUUUCGUUACACCUACUGGACCACAGAGAGCCCUAGUAAACCCUCUGGGGAAAACUGCCUUUACUUUCCCACUAAACAUAAACAUUGGAAAUUUGACAACUGCCAGAAGACGAGCAGCUACAUGUGCAAGAAAAGAGCAAGAGGACAGAAACCGGAACCUCCACACCAUGACGGUUUUCGGGAGAUCCUUGUGUGCGACCAGCAGAAGCACGUCGAGCUCUUUUGCCAGAGUGAGGGUCAAAGCGUCAUCCGCAUCCAGUCGGCCUUCUACGGACGGAGGAGUGGCAGCGUUUGUCCAACUGGGAGUGGAAAAAAGGAGACUUGCGUGGUCCAAGGAGCCCUCCCUCACUACAGGCGAAAAUGUGACAACCGUCAAUAUUGUCUUGCUGGCCCUUUCGAGGGCGUCCAGGAGACCUGUCCUGCAGUCUCCAAAUACCUGCACAUGGUCUACAGCUGUGAACGGAAAGUGUGUCUUGACAGUUUGGUCGAGGCGGACAAGCGCAUUGACGACUCAGCGUUUGAAGCGUCCUCCUCUAUGACCGACGCCAGCCCCGAGAAAGCUCGCUGGAGUAGUUAUUCCUGCUGGAGACCGUCACAAGAUGCCUCCACCAGCUGGAUCCAGGUGAACCUCGGUCAUGUGAGAAAGGUGACUGGGAUCGUCACCCAGGGCUGUCCUCACGCUAACCAAAGGUCCUGCGACGUCUUUGAGAUGAAGACGAGUGUUGAUGGCAAAAGCUGGACUGAACACCCGGACGAAAAGUUUACCGGAGGGGGGGAGCACCAGUUUGGCUCGCCGUUGUCCGCUCAGUACGUCCGCAUCCUGCCGCUGGAGGACAGCGUUGACUUCGGCCUCAGUUUUGACCUCUUGGGAUGCGCACGUGACGAUGCGAUGACCUGUGACAGCACGUUCAACAGCCUCCACUUGACCAAGGCAAUGACGUUCCACUGCCCACCCAAGUGCGCCGACUCCCAACACAAUGUCACAGGGACCUUGGUCUACAAUGAGGACUCAAGCGUCUGCGUGGCCGCUAUUCACGCCGGCGUCAUUCGUAACGACAUCGGAGGAGACUGUAUUGUGAUGACGGACGUGGCAAAGAACGGCUUUGCUGGCUCCACCCAGAACGGGAUCACCUCCCUCAAGAGUGCUGACUCGACGGAUGAAGCCUUCACGUUUGCAGACCGAGAGCCGAGAUGCUUGGAAGAGUCCUGGGAGGAGUUUGCGGGCUUCUGCUACAAAGCUUUUGAGGACAAGAAGAAUUGGGCUUAUGCUCAAGCUGUCUGCAUGAAAUUGGGUGCCAAUCUGGUGUCCAUCCUUUCGGAGGUGGAGGAGAAGUGGGUCAAAAAGGCCUCCAACCUCGACACCAGCGACAUGUGGACCGGACUGAAUGACCUGAGUGUACUCGGCAUGUUUGAGUGGUCGGACCACCACGAGGUGACCUUCACCGACUGGGCCCCAGAAGAACCCAAAAACUUGGAGAAGGACUGCGUGGCGAUGUCGCAAAAGACUGGAAAAUGGAAGCAGAUGAGCUGCAAGCUACCCAACAGCUUCAUGUGCAAGAUGCCCGAAGCGCAUUAUGCAUUCACCUCAGUGAAGGCAGAGGAGAGCCAUUCUGGUGACAGCAUACUCUGGCACAGAAACAAGCUCGCCAAGUCAGCGAAUGUCGUUGCUGGAUCAACUGUCGAGCUGAAGGGAGGUCUCCGUGUGAACGACGUCAUCACCAUCACAGGGCGAGCAAAUAAACUGGCGGAUUGGUUUAAAAUCAACCUGUUUGUGCCUGACGACGAAACCGACAACAUGGUCGCGCUGCUCCUCAAGUUAAACUUUGUGACCAAGAAGAUUUGGCUGUACUCCAAAGUGGGCACAACUUGGAACAAAAGAGAGGAGCAUCCCACACAAAGCUCUGGACCCGGACAAGAAGUCAAGGUUGUCAUCAAGUGCGCCGACGAUCAUUUCCUGAUCACAAUCAACGACCUCGACGAGGUGACGUACAAAUACCGAGAGGCCAAUCUACAAAGCAUCACGCAGAUGAUCGUGUGGGGUCACGUGUCCAUCAAGGACAUCAAGCAAAGCUCCGCUUAGAACAGCCUGUGCUAAAAUUUGAGGACGGACGUCGUCAAAUUGUUUUUGGCACAGCUUUUUCCACCAGCCGUAGAUGGUUUGUGGGAUAAUUGUACAAAAGUAACCACUUUAUAGUUUAAUCUAAUAUUUAAUCUUAGUCUAAUUGGCUAUUAGAAAAAGCCAGACUUGCGUGCUUGAUUUUUUUUUUUCUUAUUAAUAACCUUUGUGGAUCCUG